UCUAACUGGAGACUUGUGUUUUCUUUUGCACCAUAGAUAAAUAUCAUUAGGAAGCUUAAUCGAGCUUAGAAAAAACAGAGAAUAAACAUAAUGGGUGCUUUCAUGUUUCUGAACAAGUUCACUCUUCUCUUCCUCAUUGCUUCAACUGCAUUGUCAUCACCAUCAUUUGCAGGUCGACGAUCCAAGUUCUUGGACAAGCUGGCCAACCAAGUGGAUGCUAGUAAUUAUGAGGAAUUAUCAAGCAAAACAUCAGACCAGGAUGAAGCAAGUAUAAUCCAUGAAAGAGUUCUGAGAGCUAACACCAAAGACUAUGGAAACUAUGAUCCUGCACCAGCUCUCGUUAAGCCUCCUUUCAAGCUUAUUCCAAACUGAAGGUCUAGCCAUGGUGGAACUGCUGACAAGAGUCUCUCUCUCUCUAUAUAUAUAUUUAUAUACAUAAUGUACGUGUGUGUGUCUAUAUGUCUAAUUUAUUAAAAGAGUAUGUAUGUAUAACUAGCUACGUCAUAUCAUUAUCUAAUGCACCAUAUUAUAUUUUUGGUAUAAACUACUGAGUGUCUGAAUUUCAUUGGUUUGAUUAA